AUGGAGACCCAAACCAACGGUUUUGGCAAGCUUCUCCCCAAGUCUAUCGCAGCAAAACGACGGCGCAACAGAAGUUCGUCGACCGUUGAUAGUGCGAGCCUCAGCGAUGACAUCGCGCCGCAAAAGGGCGACAUUCCUAGUCGCAGUACCACCAAGGACAGCGAUUCCAACUCGUUGCGUGGCAGCCUGAAGGGCAACGUUACCGACCCGGUCGCGGAUGAUUCCGGCCCAGAAACCAGCAGCAUCUUGCAGAGGCCGAUCGCCAUCUCUGCACAUCCCUCCCAGAUCGGCUACCUAACGACAUCAUCUCCCCUCAUACAAGCGGCUCAUAAUCCUGAGCAGCUUCCCUCAAGCACGACAUCUGAACAGUCUGUUGGGUCGCUUGCGUCCGCCCAGGAUAGUACUGACAGUCUCGACUCUCCGGCCCCGACUCUCGACCGGAACCGGACCACCCUUGGCCCGCCAGAGCUCCGGUCCAAGCGGUCCACGAGCCGACUGAGGAACGUAUUUCGAUCGAAAAAGGCCCCGAGCGAGACGAAUAGCACUACAACCGAGAGCAAUACCGAAACACCCCUUGCGUCUGCCCCGAAAAGCGGUCCCGACCCCGAAUCGCAACCUCCCACAUCCCCUGUUACACGCGGCCGAGGUCUAUCGCGGGGCCAUAAGCUUGAGCCGUUGACCCUUCCGCCGCGAACACCCCCCGGGGAUCCGGGUACGCCUGUGAUCGUCAACACACCGCCAACCCCGACGAAUUCUCGACCGGGCAGUGCCUCGGCUCCCGGCCCCCGUCGCCCCGCUGAUGCGGUUGUCGCGGAGACCAUGAUCACCCAGAGACGGAGGGCUGGAUCCAAUGCCGGCCCAAGCAAGCUCUCCAAUGUUGCCGCCCCACCACUGACACCCACCCCCGAGAAUGGCCCCACGCAAAACAACGCGACCAGCACGUUUCUCUCCUCCAUGUUUUCGGCUGUCCAGAACACGGCCAAUCAGCUCAGCACUACGAUUCCCGCACUCGCCCAAGGCCCUCCCAAGGGCAAGGCUACACCAGUAAAAGAGCAAGGAGAAAGGGAAGCAGCAGACUCGGUUGAAGUGGAAUCAGUGGCUUCGCACCGGCCCUCUACCGAACCAAAGGAGCCAGCUGUCAAGACACUCGGCAUGGGUGAUCUUAGUCUUAGCCACCUUGGCAUAGUCGAGCCACCUAGCACUGCACCGAGCCCCGUCGUGUCCCGUUUCGCGGAUGUCGAUACACGAGGGAGAUCCGAGUCCGCCCCUCUAGACCCCCACGCGGCAGGCGUCGACCUCCUCGACGACGCCAAUGGCUCGCGGCCGCGGUCGGUCCAGGAAGCCGCCGGCCCUGGCGAACGGACAACACCGGCCGGGAGCGUGUACGAAGACAAACCCGGCGUCCACCGCAGCGGUAGCAUCCGCAGUGCUAUUGGCCAUCGUAGGAACCGUGGAAGCAGCAUUGCCACACAUGGGACGACGGCUACUAGCACGAUAGGCGCCGCUAUUGCGGCCGCCAAUUCCUCUCUCGCUAACCCAACUACCGGCACUCCGAAGUUGACGGGGUUCGCCGUCGCCAACAAGAAGCGCAAUCGCGACUUCCACGUGCUCUUCAAGAGCGUGCCCGACGACGACUACCUAAUUGAGGACUAUAGCUGCGCCCUCCAGCGGGAAAUUCUCGCCCACGGCCGUUUGUACGUAUCCGAAGGCCAUUUGUGUUUCAGUAGCAACAUCCUUGGUUGGGUCACCACCCUUGUGAUGAGCUUUGACGAGAUCGUUGCGGUCGAAAAGCGCAGCACGGCCCUCGUGUUCAAGAACGGCCUCGAAAUAUCCACGUUACAUGCGAAGCAUGUUUUUGCAUCGUUUGCUAGCCGCGAUACUACCUACGACCUCAUCAUCAAAAUUUGGAAGCUUGGCCACCCACAGCUGCAGAGCUCUCUCAACGGUGUUCGGCUGGAGGAACCGGGGGGGGACCGGACGGAAAAGCUGGACGUUGAGGCAGUCUCAGUAACCGGAACCCAUAGUAUCUCGGGUUCCGACGAUGAGAGCGAGGAGGGAGACGACGUGUACGACGAGGAUGAAGAUGACGAUGGUAGCCAAGCUGCCGGGUCUGUCUCCAAUGCCCCUGUCUCGGAUCUCAACGAAAAGGCCGUUCCACGCAAGGUUUCAGGGGGGGCAGCGGCUGCCGAAAAGCCUGAGGACGGCUCAUCAGGAGCGGCCGGCACGGAUUUCCCUGGGCCUGCCACCCAUGCGCCUACUGAUUGCGGUGAUUCGGCGACCCAUUUCGAGAAAGUCCUAGGUGAUGAUGUUAUCCCCGCGCCCCUAGGCAAAAUCUAUACCAUGAUGUUUGGCCCUGCCUCGGCGGCAUGGAUGGGCCAAUGGAUUACGACAAACCAAAAGUGUUUCGAUCUGCAGAUGGAGGAUAAGCAGGGCUUGACGGAUGCCAUCCGGACUCGGAACUAUACCUACAUCAAGCCUUUGAAUGCUUCCAUAGGACCGAAGCAAACAAAGUGCGUGGUCACAGAGCAGGUGGAGCAGCUAGAUCUCGAGAAGGCAGUCAGCGUUCUUGUGAGCACACAAAACCCGGAUGUGCCAAACGGUAACCUCUUCGUGGUCAAGACAAGAUACUGCCUGAGCUGGGCUGAAAACAACGGAACCCGGAUCCAAGUCAAUAAUGUCAUUGAAUGGUCCGGCAAGAGCUGGAUCAAGGGUGCCAUCGAACGGGGAGCCAAUGACGGCCAAACACAAUACUGCAAGGAUCUCUUCGCCAGCCUCAAGGCCGCCGUUUCUUCGCGUGUCCGAGCUAGCACUCUGAACGGAACUGCAGGCAAGGGCGGCAAGAAGCGUAGCCGCAAGCACAAAUCAGCAUUGACCUCGAACCCAACCAGCGACGUUGAGGGCACAGCAAAGGCCUCGUCUAAGCAAAAUUGGGGUCUGUUUGAGCCAGCCCGGCCCAUACUCAGCCCGGUUGUCGACAUUAUCGGACCAAUUCUCACGGGCAAUGUCGUCUACGGCCUUCUCGUUGGUCUACUCGUGGCGUCCUGGUUCGGCUUUGGCACCCGCCAAGGCGCACCUCGGUACACCCACGACCCAGCAUACGCCAACGCGCCACAGCGGCUGGCGGCAUAUGAUGAGAUGUGGAGGCGGGAAGAGAGCGAUCUCUGGAACUGGAUCGAGGAGCGAGCCGGGUUGGAAAGGCUCGGUACAGACCCACCACUGAGGAAGAAGCGGAGUGUCGACCCGCGGACAGUGGAGGAGAAGCUGAGGGAGGAGAGGAUGGAUGAGAGGGAAUUGAAGGAGGCGAUUCGCGUCACGGAAGAGCAUCUUGAAGUGCUAAAAUCGGUGAUUGGGAAGAAGGGGCAGCAGUAG